AUGGAAUCUUCAACUCUCUUACACAGAGAAGUGCGCGGUGCAGGCGGACUUGGUCUGGGAUGGAUCCUCGCCUUUUCUAUCGGCGGCGCAAUUCUCCUUUUUGCUGCCAUCGGAUUCCUUCUUACCUGGCGUAUCAAGGCUCGAAAUCAAACUGAUGUGACUACGGUAUAUCAAGUAUCAGAGAAUGUUGAGGAUCAUCGGCGAUCCAUUUUCAGCAAACGCCUCGUCAAGCGAAAGUACAAUGGUUCGAGAUCUCUUAGCCGUCUGUCCCUCUCACUACCGCCAGUGCUACCACCUCUUCCGACAUACAACAGCUUUACCUUCUUCGGUGGAAACAACAAACGAGGCCGAUCGAGUAGUUGGAUAGAGGAGGACAAGUUUCAUGGACCGAGAGUUAGCAGAAGUCGCAGGGAUAGUCUGUUUAGCAGAGAUGGAUGGCUUGGAAGAGCACCAACCAUUCCGACUCUUAUGACAGAUGAUGAUUUGGAAAAGGCACAAGAAGCGCAGGAGAUGGAACAAGGUAUCCAUGUGCAGAAGAGACACAGCAUCGAGACCUUGAAGCCGAGCAAGACAGCGCCAGAUUUGCCUCUUCAGGAGGAAUACAUACAAAUCAGUCCAGUGCGAGCUCCGUCAAGAGCCCGUGUGAGAGCAUCAGUGACGGACACCGAUCUCCGAGACAUUCUUCGGAGCACAGAACUACGACUUAAAGAUGGGGCGAGCCGAUCACCCAGCAAGAACUCCCGGAGCUCACCGACAAAACGGUCACCACAAAAGAUCUCAUCACUGAGAAGCACACCUCGCAAGAACUCGCCUACAAAGACUCCUCAUAGCCACAGGACUGCAUCGUCUCUCGACUCCACCAACACAACUGGAACAGUACGCAUCUGUCGAGUGCCGCCAAGUCCGAGUAAAAGAGCUACCAUCCACACAAUACCAAUGGAUGCGCAGAGUCGACAGGUUUCUGUUAGCUCCAUUGGUAGUGCCGCCAACAGCUUAUUAGCAGAGGCAGUACAAGAGCUCAUUCUUCCAGGAGGACUCUCGAGUCCAAGCCGCUUGAGGGGGCGUCAGUGGGAACCUCAAGAGAACGCAUUUGCUCCAAACAAUGAUUCCUUGAAAGAAGUUGUGAAGGAUGACAGUCCUGAUAGACGGGCAUCACAAGAGAGUGAAGUAUCUAGUUCCCUAUCAACACUAUACAGCGCCAACGAGUCCGAAGAAAAGGAUCAACGUGACCCGUUCAUAGAGAGGAAAGCUCCAGGAGGGCUCAGCUCGGACAGUAGAGGGUCACUAUUUGGACCGCGGGUGUCGCACAGAAGGGGCAGGAAUCUGAGCAUCUCAAUCCCAGGUGGACAAACCAUAUUCAAUACUCAGAGUCGCGGACAAGGACAAGGACAACUUCGACCUUCAUUUGUGAGCACACAAGCUGUCGGCGGGCCUCCAAUUUCCUCAUACCUACAACCACCACCGGAACGAUUCCAGCGCAGCGAUAGCUUCCACGCCCGUGAUCAAGAGGGCAUAGCUCUGGCGUUCCCAGCUAGUAACUCAUUUACCAGCAUUCUCACGCCUUCUGUGACCACCGAGGGAGACAGCACUUUGUCUUUUGGUAACAGAAUGAGUGAGAGCCCCAAGCCUGAAGUCCCUGGGCGUGUAAGGCCAGUCUUGCAGGAGAACAGACACAACGUGGCAACGGUGCCGAGCCCAUCGACCAUGACCUCAUCACCCUUUGAUGAACAAGAUAUGCUGUCGCUGUUGAUGGGCACAGGCCCGAAAAGAUCUCUCCCUGAACCGCCGAGGCACAUUGCCCAGGUUGAUCACAUCAUGAUGCCCAAACCGGUCUCGCCGAUGCCCAGACAGGAAUUCUCGCAGCAUUUGCGACAGAUGUCUUCGACGGCGAACACUAUAUACCGCGAUGAGUUACCCUUGGAUGAUCCCAGCGCCAUAUCUACAGGAUCACCACUUCGUCGCUCAACCUCGCGUUCAAAUAAGGACAUGCCGACUCUUCCCCCUCCGUCAAAUGUACCAAGUAUGGGAUCACUCGGCAACUCCAUAAUGGAACUCAGAAGGAUGAACAGCAUGGUUAGUUCGUACAGCGGCCAAUCGCUAGGGUCAUCCACCAAUGAACCCGACUCACCAACGCUGCCCAUGUUGAACUUGACAAGUAGCUUCUCGAGAAGGCACACAAGUCCCGCUACACCUAGGGGAAGCACAUCAGGUCGCCAGAACUAUCUCAACCUUGGAAGUCCUAACAAGAACUCUUCAGGAUCAGUUGCGACGCCCAUGCCUAUCCGUCCACUCCCGGCCAGCCGCAGUGCUCGUUCCAACUUGGGUGUCGAGAUUCGAGAAGAUGACAUCGAAGAGGGAAAAGAGAACCAGGAACCGACGCCUGUGUCGAGUGGACUUCGAGAGACGCGCAAGAAUGUGAAUGUGAAUAUGGGACGAGAUAGUCGGGAUUUGAGCCGAGGGUCAAGCAAAUCCAAGCUUGGAACUGUGAGUGAGCUGAUCGCUGACAAUAAGCGGGAAAGCAAACGCAAGAGCGUUGAGUCAGUGGGAUUGUACGACAAAGAUGGAUUUCUUAACAGCUCGCCUGAUGCAUCAGGGCGAGAGACAAAGGGGCGAUGCCUACGCAUGUAG